AUGUCAAAACAGCCAAAACUUUUUGAGGAAAUGAAGCUGGGGGAAACUGAAGAUAGGUUCAGCAAUUUACCAAACUGUCUCAUUGGCCAUAUUCUAUCCUUUCUUCCUACAAAAUACGCUGUUCGAACAAGCGUUUUGUCAACCAAAUGGAAGAAGAUGUGGACUUUAAUCAGCAAUCUAGACUUUGAUGAUCAGCAGCUAACUUUACACCCUCCAACGAAUAAUAGUGAUCAGUGCAAAGCGAGUUUCAUGAAGUUUGUUUAUCGGGUGUUGCUUUUGCUGGAAACGUCAAAUGUGAAUAAAUUCCGUAUCAGAAGUUGUGCAAAUUUUGAUGUUUCAUACGAUGUCAAUUCUCGGGUUUCUGCAUCGCUAUCACGAAGUGUUCGAGAAAUCGAUCUCUAUCUCUACAUCCCUUUGAAAGGAUUCGAUUCCAGUAAGAGGCUCUUUUCCGGCUGCCCUAAGCUUGAGGAUUUGGCUUUACGAGGAUGUCAAUGGCAAAAUAUGAGUGUUCUUGACAUAUCAGCUCCUGCACUGAACAGAUUGACUAUUAUAGAUUGCGAGACUAAUACCACCUCUUAUACAGAAUUUUAUGAGUAUAGGAUUGAGCUUAAUACUCCAAGUCUCUUGUACUUGAACUAUGUGGAUUAUGUAGUAGGAGGCUAUGCCAUGGGGAAGAUAGCAAAUGUUCAUACUCUUCAUUUAUCUAAUGAAUCUAUUCAGGGACUAUUACAUUGUGAUCAUUCACAAGAAUUCGUCGACGAUUGGGUUCCUCCUAAUUGUGUUCCUUCUUGUUUGGUUUUCCACCUGAAGAUAGUUGACAUAAGGGAAUUUGAAGGGCACGAGUAUGAGCAGAAGAAAGUGAAGUACUUUUUAUGUAAUGCGAAAGUUUUGAAGACACUGUGUAUACGUCUCUUGAUGGCCAAGGAGGAAAGGUUGGAGGUUAGAAGAAAGUUAUUGAAAAUGUCAAGGGGUUCAAGGAGUUGUAAAGUUGUCCUUUCUUGA